AUGGCUCCUCCAGAAGCAACACAGAACACGCCGCUCGCACCGUCGGUAGAAAAGGCCUACUACAGAAAGUGCAUCGAGCUGAAGCGUCGCUUGAACGACGUCGAAGAAGCCAACGAUGCCGCCCGUCAACGCAAGGCUCGUCUCAACAGAGCCAUCAUGAAGAUGCGCCUCGAACGCGCCUUCUUGCUUGAACAACUCGCAAAACGUCUUCAAAACACAACCGACGGUCCCGACAAGGCUGCUGCAACCAACAACGCGAACAGCGACUAG